UGCUUCAAAACAAUUCCUCCUUAGAAGUCUAUAAAUGUAUUCCAAAGAGGAAUUCUGAACCUGACCAAAACACAUCACUACCACCACAACUCGUCCUACAAUAGUCGAAUUGCUCCAUUUUGAAGGACCUUCCACCUUUAUUCUUUUGUAAAUUUUCAUCAUACAUUCCUUGAAGAAUCCUAAACAGCUUUGUCAUGAAGGUUUCCUUUGCCGCUGGGCUUGUUUUUGCUGCUCAGCUCUGUAGUGUUUCUACUGCGUUCAAUCCUUUACGCUUCUUUUUGGAUGAUAAUUCCUUCUCUCCAAAUGUCCAUGGCCCUGUUCCAAUCGGGGAUGAUAUUGCCGCUCCUCCUUUGAAUCAUCCUUCACAAAAGCCUUACGAAACAGAUGUGGAAGGUUCCUCCUCAAUAACUAAUGACCAUUAUAUCGUUAUGUUCAAACCCUCUGUUGACAAAGCUAAAAUCAAUAGUCAUCAUGAGUGGAUUCAACAUCAACACCACAAACGUUCUCUUGAUUGGCAAGAUGUCUCUACGUUCUUGCUCAAGCAUACCUUCGAAAUCGGCGAUUCCUUUAUGGGAUAUGCUGCCCGCUUCUCUCCUUGGCUUGUAAAUGAGCUUAAAAAGCAUCCCGACAUUGCAAUCGUCGAGCCCGAUCGUGUCAUGCACGUCACAGCCGAACAACGCUUUGCUCCUUGGGGUCUUGCUCGAGUUUCUCACCGUGACCGUUUGGGCUUGUCAACUUUUACUCGCUAUAAUUACAACGAAACUGCCGGCGAAGGUGUAACCGCUUAUGUUAUUGACACAGGUGUCAACGUUAACCAUCAAGAUUUUGAAGGCCGAGCUUCUUGGGGUGCCACCAUUCCUAAUGGCGAAAAGGACAUUGAUAACCAUGGUCAUGGAACUCAUGUCGCCGGUACCAUCGCCGGGAAAACGUUUGGUGUUGCUAAGAAUUCCAAGAUCGUCGCCGUCAAGGUCAUGCGUGCUGACGGUACUGGUACCACUUCUGAUAUCAUCAAGGGUAUUGAAUUUGCUUUCAAGGAGUCCAAGAAGGACGAGGAUUCUGUUGCUUCUGUUGCUAAUAUGUCUUUGGGUGGUGAUGCUAGUUUAGCUUUGGAUUUGGCCGUCAGCGCUGCUAUUAAGGGCGGACUCUUUUUCGCCGUUGCUGCUGGUAAUGAUGCUGAAGAUGCUUGCAACACUUCUCCUUCUCGUGUGAGCAGUGCCAUGACUGUUGGUGCUAUGACCUGGACUGAUGGUAUUUCUUCUUUUAGCAACCAUGGGUCUUGUGUCGACAUCUUUGCUCCUGGAUCCCUUAUUCUUUCUGACUGGAUUGGAUCCGACAAAGCUUCCAUGCUCCUUUCUGGUACUUCCAUGGCAUCUCCCCAUGUUGCUGGAUUGGCCGCAUAUUACAUUUCUCUUGAACCCUCUUUGGCGAACAAGCCCGCUGAUCUCAAGAAAUAUAUGCUCAAGUAUGCUUUGACAGAUAAACUGGAAGGAAUUCCGGAAGGAACCCCUAAUGUUCUUGCUUUCAAUAAUUUCUCUGAAUAAGUUUAUCGCUCGUUUUAUGAUUAUCUUCUUUAUAAUGUUCAAUCUCUAUUUAUGUGCAUCCAAUGAAGUUUUAUUCACGAAAUUGCUUUCAUUUCGAAUAAUUAAUUGUUCGAAUAGACUCGUUUCGAACAAUGAUAACAAAUUACGAAACUUGAAAUAUAUGUUCUCCAAAGGUAAUCCAUCCUAUUUCAGUUAUAAUCGGAUAGACUGCUAUGAAUGAAAAUAUCGCUUUCUUAUGUUUAGUCCAUCAGUUUGUAGUCAGAGGGUUCAAAAUUCGUGUGUGUAUCAGUGAAUCGUAAAACUCGACAGGUUGAUAAAAUGACUAUUGAAAGUGCCAAAGAUUCCUCCUUGCGUAUUAAAUAUUUCCUGUUCAUAUAAACGAGCUAUUUACUAUCGAUUGUUUGAACUGAACGUUGAAUUUCCAUAACCGAAGGUGAAUAUUAAAUAGAGGGAAUAUAUACGAGAAGUUGUACGAUGAAACUUGUCCACGUGUAGCCUAUGAAAUAUGAAAAGUUUUCUUUAUAUACUUUUCUUUUUAAAUGACAAUAGUUAUUACGGCAGGGUCUACUUUACCUUUAAGUCGUGAAACCAAAACGACAAGUAUAUUUUUCCACUAGAUGGGACAAAAAUCCAGGCCGUCCGGUUUGUUUCAAGCAAAUGUAGUUUUAAUCAACAAAAAAUUUGUAUAGCGGUUUGCCUAUCCUUUGUUUUUAGGAAAUUUAAAAGUAGUGCCUAGUAAUUGAUAUAAUGAGCGCAUAGGUUCUUCUGUUCU